CCUGGGACUCAGAACUUUGUAAGUUACUGGUAAAACGCCACCAGAUUUUCUAGGUAGGUCAGAGGAAACUCAGGUGGAGUUUUAAGCCUCCAUAGAUGAGCCAGACAUAGCAAUGAUUUACAAUGUCUUUGUUACUGCUAUUCAGUGCCCAGCUGCUAGAGAUGGCUAAAGGCCAGGAGGGCUCCAGAACAUUCUAAGCCUGGUAAAUAUUUCUGUUGGGAAUUCUUUAAUCUCACUACAAACUCUGACAAGAGACCACGACCUUAAUCUCCCCCGGCAUGAGUGGUUAGUCUUGAUCUUAGGCCGAAUAAUGAAAUGCCCCCAAAUGUGCAAAGUAAAUCUUAUUAAUGUUAAUACUACAUUAUAUAUACCAUGUAGGGGCACCAGAAAUCAAUUUACCUCAAAACAGGAAAGUUUCCGGUGGUCCGAAGAGAACACCUCAGACAUCCUUUUCUACAUCAGAAACCAGGAAUAUGCACGGAAACCCCAAAACGGAAAUUAGCAUUCACCGAACACCUACAGAGUUCUAGUUCCAUUCACACUCGUUAACUCGUUUAAUUCCCGCUACCAGGUAGGUGUAAUUGUUAACAAUUUACAUUCCCGAUUACACAAGAGAUUUGAAAGUCGCUCAAGGUGACACACUGCAGCAACAAGAAUCAGGAUUUGAAUCCGGAGAGGAGUCCUUCCCCAGGCACCUCAGCCCCGGCGCAGAAAACGGUCUGCCGCGGGGAAAUUAAUGACCCACAGCCACCCUGUGGCUCUGCGCCAUAACUGGGAGACAACCUGGUUCUCGUGACUCCGCAGCAGUACUGUUUUCACCCAAGUGCAUGACUGCGGGAGUAAAGCGACCACGUGAGCCCUCUCCCUCCCCGGGCUAGGGACAGUGCCUGUCUGGCCAAGGGCAAGUCACAGGUGCGACAACGUGCCUGGACCGGAUCCGGAGCCCCAGGGCGCGAGCUCCCCCGCAGCGUCACCAGGAUGACCUGAGGGAGGGAACCUGACCAGGUGUGGCCUCCCGAUGCAGCAAGUUACAAGUGCGCUGAAGUGUGGCUCGGGGCUCGGACAGCUCCGUAAUACUGGGAUCGCGAGGAAGGAACUAUGACCUCGGUCGCGGCCUCUAUCUAUAAGCCUCGCUUGACGACCUCCAGGGACCGGGUGAGGGUCCCCAGCGGCCUCCGCCGCUGACUCCAGGCGGUGCCAAGACGCAGAGGCAAGGCCGCAGGGAAGGGGCUGGCCCUCCCCACGUGGACAAGCUCUCCUCUGGGGGCGUGACCACAGCGCCGGGCCGACCUAUGAGCGCCGCCGUCUGGCUCAUCCGGCCGGGCUGGCGGGGUCUGCGUCAUCCCGGGGGUGGGGCUCCUGGCCGGCGCGAGGCGCGGCGGGUCACGCGGGGCGCGGCGCCGGCUAUAAGUAGGGGCUAGCGGCGUGCGCUGCCAGAGUGAUGGCUGCCGGCGCGCGCUGCGUGCUUUCUCUUCUCCGCUGCUGAGGCGUCAGCGGCUGCUUCCAGGGUCGGUCGCCAGCCCCGCGGAGCCAUCCCCAGAGCCUCCGCCCCACGUCGUGUGCUCUUCGAUAGAAGGUGCGUGCGUCCGUGGUUCUAGCCCUCCGCCUGGACCUCGCCUCCCGUUUGGCUCCUCGUUUUCUUUGGAUGAACUUGCGUCCUUUCUCUUCUCCGCCAUGGAAUUCUGCUCCGUGUUCCUAGCCCUCCAGAACCAAAGAAACCCCAGACAACAGAUGCCCAUACGCAGCGUAUAGCAGUAACUCCCCAGCUCGGUUUCUGUGCCGUAGUUUACAGUAUUUAAUUUUAUGUAAUAUAUAUUAUUUAUUAUAGCAUUUUUGAUACCUCAUAUUCUGUUUACACAUCUCGAACACCGCUCAGUAAUUCUCUGAUUCAUUCAAGAACCACUACUCUAGAGAAUGGCAACGACCGUGGCUCCGCUCAUUACCACUGCUAUUGCUGCUACUGCCGCUUCUAGUCCGUCAGUGAACUACCUAUGGAUGCUCAUCCUGGGUUUUAUUAUUGCGUUCGUCCUGGCAUUCUCCGUGGGAGCCAAUGAUGUAGCAAAUUCGUUUGGUACAGCCGUGGGAUCAGGUGUAGUGACCCUCAAGCAAGCUUGCAUCUUAGCUAGUAUCUUUGAGACAGUGGGCUCUGUCCUCCUGGGGGCCAAAGUGAGCGAGACGAUCAGGAAGGGCUUAAUUGACGUGGAGAUGUACAACUCGACCCAGGUGCUGCUGAUGGCCGGCUCCGUCAGUGCGAUGUUUGGUUCUGCGGUAUGGCAACUAGUGGCUUCUUUCUUGAAGCUGCCCAUUUCUGGAACCCAUUGCAUCGUCGGUGCAACCAUUGGUUUCUCCUUGGUGGCAAAGGGGCAGGAAGGUGUCAAGUGGUCUGAACUAAUAAAAAUUGUGUUGUCUUGGUUCGUCUCUCCUCUGCUUUCUGGUAUUAUGUCUGGGAUUUUAUUCUUCCUGGUUCGUGCAUUCAUCCUCCGUAAGGCAGAUCCAGUUCCUAAUGGGUUGCGAGCUUUGCCAGUGUUCUAUGCCUGCACGAUUGGAAUCAACCUCUUUUCCAUCAUGUACACUGGAGCACCAUUGCUGGGCUUUGACAAACUUCCUCUGUGGGGUACCAUCCUCAUCUCGGUGGGCUGUGCAGUUUUCUGUGCCCUUAUCGUCUGGUUCUUUGUAUGUCCAAGGAUGAAGAGAAAAAUCGAACGAGAAAUCAAGUCUAGUCCUUCGGAAAGCCCCUUAAUGGAAAAAAAGAAUAGCUUGAAAGAAGACCAUGAAGAAACAAAGUUGUCACUCAGUGACAUUGAAACAAGGAAUCCUGUUUCGGAGGUGGGCUCAGCCACCGUGCCCCUCAGGGCUGUGGUGGAGGAGAGGACAGUCUCAUUCAAACUUGGAGACCUGGAAGAAGCUCCCGAGCGAGAGAGGCUUCCCAGUGUGGACCUGAAAGAGGAAACCAGCAUCGACGGCUCUAUGAACGGUGCUGUGCAGUUGCCAAAUGGGAACCUCGUUCAGUUUAGUCAAGCUGUCAGUAACCAGAUUAGCUCCAGCGGCCAUUACCAGUAUCACACCGUGCACAAAGACUCCGGCUUAUACAAAGAGCUCCUGCAUAAGUUACAUCUUGCCAAGGUGGGAGACUGCAUGGGAGACUCUGGUGACAAACCCUUGAGGCGCAAUAAUAGUUACACUUCCUACACCAUGGCAAUCUGUGGCAUGCCUCUGGAUUCCUUCCGCGCCAAAGAAGGCGAACAGAAGGGUGAAGAGAUGGAGAAGCUGACGUGGCCUAACGCAGACAGCAAGAAGCGAAUUCGAAUGGACAGCUACACCAGUUACUGUAAUGCUGUGUCUGACAUUCACUCAGCGUCAGAGAUGGACAUGAGUGUCAAGGCAGAGAUGGGUCUGAGCGACAGGAAAGGGAGCACUAGCUCCCUGGAAGAAUGGUGCGACCAGGACAAGCCAGAAGUGUCUCUCCUCUUCCAGUUCCUGCAGAUCCUCACGGCCUGCUUCGGGUCCUUUGCCCAUGGUGGCAAUGACGUCAGCAAUGCCAUUGGUCCUCUGGUUGCUUUGUAUCUGGUUUAUGACACUGGUGAUGUUUCCUCAAAAGUAGCAACACCAAUAUGGCUUCUGCUCUAUGGUGGUGUUGGUAUCUGUAUUGGUCUCUGGGUGUGGGGAAGGAGAGUCAUCCAGACGAUGGGGAAGGAUCUGACACCCAUCACGCCCUCUAGCGGCUUCAGUAUUGAGCUGGCAUCUGCCCUCACUGUAGUAAUUGCGUCGAAUAUUGGUCUUCCCAUCAGCACGACACAUUGUAAAGUGGGCUCUGUUGUAUCCGUUGGCUGGCUCCGAUCCAAAAAGGCUGUCGACUGGCGACUCUUCCGCAACAUUUUUAUGGCCUGGUUCGUCACGGUCCCCAUUUCGGGUGUCAUUAGCGCUGCCAUCAUGGCAGUCUUCAAAUACAUCAUCCUCCCAGCGUUAGGCUGUGUGUGAUGGGAAUUCGGGUCAAUGUUUGGGACCACCUGACACAUUUCCUGCUCCUUUGAAGAGUGACUGCAGUGUUACCGAAGACUGACAAAAGAAUCUCUUUCGAGUUUGGGAGCUGUGGGAGGGAAGCUCUACUUGUGCUGUAACUGCUUUCGUGCUAAAUAUGACUUGUCUCAAAAUUAGCUAUGUAAAAUAGCCAGGUUUCCACUGGUUCCUCUUGAGGUCCCUUUUCCCUCUGGGCUGUGAAUUCCUGUGUAUAUUUCUCUACUUUUUAUAUCAGGCUUCAGUUGCAUUAUGUUUUAAUGUUGUCUCUGAAGAUAACGUGAUUUCUUUUCUUUUUUUUUUUUUUAAACAACCAUCCAGAGCCAUUUGACAGAGUGUGCUCUGCUUUGUUGGUUUCACCAGCUUCUGCCCUAACAUGCACGGGGACUUAACAAGAAACACCGUAACCCAAGCUUCCCUAGUAGUCUUAGAGAAAUAGUCACUUGUACCCUGCCCACCAGUCGGCAGUGGCGGGUUCUCUUGGCAUCUGUGGGAACGUCUAAUAGGGUCUUAGGAAGUGGUGAAAAUUUAGGUUAGUAGUUCCUUCUUUGCAAGCAGUUCAUUGACAAUUCUUGCUAAGAAGAAGUAGGAAGAAAAAUCCUUCUGGCAGUCUUGGGUAUUUCUUUAAGAUUUCUGACAGUGCAGGAUGGAUGAAUGCUGUGGAAUAUGAACUUCAGGCAAAGUAAAAUGGGCCAGCCUUCCAUGUUCAUCUGUCUACCUCUUAAUAAAUAAAAAGCCUACCGUUUUUAGAAAA